AUGUGGAACCGUCCUCGAAUGGCUGAGAAACUGCUCCUCCACAUCCAGUAUGAGUGUAGUCGAUACAAGGUACAGUUACCAUGGGACGCCAUUGCUCAUCGUCUUCACCCUGGCUCCUCCGGCCAAGCUGUCUGUCAGCACAUCAGUCGACUUCGGAGAGAACUCGUAGCAGAAGGACAUCUCGUCCCGCCUUUGGUGCCGAGGUCGGCCCCCCAUACCGCCCCCGAGAUCCGGGGCUACAUUCGCCAGGACAUGGAGGGCAGUGACAUAGAGACCACCCGUCCUGUGACGUUUGACGAGAAAAUCGACGACCCCAAGUUCAGCCUGCCAGAUUCGAUAAACCUCCGCGAGGAGGAAAGCGUGCCUUACGAAGAUGCUGAUCGAUUUGAACGAUCCCCUUCGCCGUCUGUUUCGGUGGAGGAGUCUGUUUCGAUGGAGGAACCUGUUUCGGCGGAGGAACCUGUUUCGGCGGAUGAACCUGUUUCGAUGGGGCAACCCAUUCCGAUGGAGGACUGGCAGUUCCCAUCGCCUACGCCCCUUCCGCUAGCCCUGCCAACAGUUUCCGGUGGUGUUAUGAUAGCUCACGAGAUGCUCCCGCCACGAUUCCCGGCCUUGGCCGAUGAAAAUGAACAAAACUCGAAAUACGACACUAGCUCUGCUUCUACGCUGGAGGCGACACAACCCCUGUUUGAAGAUGAAGCAUCGCCCAACGAGUCCUUUCAAAGCACUGAAAUCAGGCCCGAAGAGGAACUUGCUGCCAAAGAACGGCAUCUGCUGGGCGCUGGCCAGCGCGAACCCACGUUUGGCUACACGCUGGCUGCCGCUGGACCUUGGCCGCAGCACAUCCUCUACCCUACCUUUGCUCCGUCAAAUUUGUCCUCUGCUCCUGCUGUUGCCUUUCACGAGCACGAAUAUUUCCGGUCGCCCUUCUCCAUGCCCACGGCUGCUCAUUACGCUUCAUACCGUUCAAUGGGUUCGGCCGCUUUGGGAGCAGAGGCACUUACUCAACCUUUAUCCAGACCCAAAAUCGAGGAUCCGAGAAAUCGAGAUCCCGGUGAGCCGUAG